CUUCAGAAUUUUCACUGAAUGGCUCUGCAAUUAAAACGGUGUCUCUUAUCAAGACUUUCCGUGGAAUUUCAGCAAGAGACUACGAUUACAUCCCCCCAUACGCUAUAGAAGGGGAGACAACGACCAUCCAUAUCAGAGAACACAAAUGCUCUUCAAAAAAGUCAAAUGACUCCACUUUAAUAGAAGUGAACAACACUACGCUGGAGUACCUAACUGGUUCUCUGAGCAACAAGCUAAUACCCGCUGUCUACCUCAGUGCUGUUUUAUUGGGUGUACCAUCUAAUGCCAUCAUUUUGUGGAUGCUGCUCUUCAGGAUCCGGUCUGUGUGCACUGCCAUCCUCUACACAAACUUGGCAGUUUCAGACCUGCUCUUCUGCAUCAUGCUGCCCUUCAAAAUAGCGUACCACAUCAAUGGGAACAACUGGAUUUUUGGGGAAAUGAUGUGUCGAACUACCACUGCAGUGUUUUACGGCAACAUGUACUGCUCUAUUCUGCUGCUUACGUGCAUCAGCGUCAGCCGCUACGUGGCCAUCGUUCACCCCUUCACCUACAAGAGCCUGCCGAAACGUGCCUAUGCCAUCACAGUCUGUGCUACUGUGUGGACCAUCGUCUUCUUGUACAUGCUCCCACUUUGCAUUAUGCAGCAAAGCUAUUAUGUGAAACAACUGGGCAUUUAUACCUGCCAUGAUGUGCACAAUGCCUGUGAAACAAUAUCUUCCUUCCAGUUCUACUACUAUGUUUCUUUAGCUAUCUUUGGGUUUUUAAUACCUCUUGCAAUUAUUGUUUUUUGCUAUGUCUCAAUUAUACAAACACUCAAGACUCAUGAAUGGUUCUGGUACGUUAAAGUCAGUCUUUUAAUCCUUACCAUCUUUGCUAUUUGCUUUGUGCCAAGCAAUAUUAUCCUCAUUAUCCAUCACAUCAACUAUUACUAUUACAACACAGAUGGCUUGUAUUCUUUUUAUUUAAUUGCUUUAUGCCUUAGCAGCUUAAACAGUUGUCUUGAUCCUUUCCUUUAUUUUCUGAUGUCAAAAAUUAGAAGUCAAUCCAAUAUUUAUCUAACAAUGGUUAAAAUAUCCAGGGAAAAAUGAAUUUAGUUCUAUUUUUGUAUUAUUGGAAUUACAGUUUUGUAUAGUGUUAACCUAGACCACCACAAACCUCAGGUGCAACAAUUAAAAAA